UGAGUGCCCUGCUCACCACUCCUGAGCAGGUGUACUUCACUCCUUCAGUUUGCGCUGACCUCACCUUAUUGUCACAUGGACCCCAACUGCUCCAGCUGCGCUGGUGGCGCCUGCAGCUGCCAGAGCUCUUGCAAGUGCAAAGACUGUAAAUGUGGCUCCUGCAAGAAAAGUUGCUGCUCCUGCUGCCCUGCAGGCUGUGCCAAGUGUGCCCAAGGCUGUGUGUGCAAAGGGGCAUCAGAAAAGUGCAGUUGCUGUCCCUGAGAUGAGAUGAGGGGCUGCCUGGGCCCCUGAUGUAAAUAGAACAUUUAUGUGUGUCAGCUUCUUGUUUGCCGCCCCUCCCUUUUUGUACUAUGAACGAUGUGAAUGACAAUAAAUUUAUUGACUGGA